AUCGCCCAGCCAUCCAUCACUCGUUAGCCUCCUCCAUUUUCCACUCCGACCCGGCGACCCCGAGAGCCCCCGGAGCGGCCGAGGCCUCCCCCAUCCCACCGACAUGUGGGCCCUCAACAACGCCAAGGCCGGCGGGCCCUGCCUCACGCCGCGGCGCCCGGCGCCGCCCUCCCUCGCGUCGCUGCCGCCGGCGGCGGCGGGGCGGAGGCUCUGGAGGCGCGGCGCCGCUUGGGCGCCGCUGGUGGCGGUGCGCGCGUCGGGGGGAGGGAGGAAGGACGGCCCCGUCGGCGGCGAGGGCAACGGCGAGGAGGCCGAGAGCAAGGCGUCGUCUUCCGGACAUGAUGAUGCAUCUGCCCCUGAAGGGGAUACCUCUGCUGGAUUGAACAAACCACACGAUGAACCAAAGUCUAGUGAUCCGAUUAAUGUUUCUAGCAGCAGUUACUGGCGAGAUGUCAGAGCAAACCUUGUGCGUCGGGAACAGGAGCUAUUCGAGGAUCCAAGUGCUCCCACAGAGUCGAAGGCGUCCUCAGUAGAUCCGGUACAGCUUCCUCAAAAGUGGGCUCAUGCAAUUACAAUGCCGGAGGCAGGGUGUGUUUUGGUCGCUACUGAGGCGCUUGAUGAUGACAGCAUCUUCGAAAGAACUGUCAUCUUCCUUCUCAGACUUGGUUCAAGGGGUACCUUUGAUGGCCCAUUUGGAAUCAUCCUGAACCGCCCACUUUACACAAAAAUCAAGCACGUUAAUCCAUCGCUCCGAGACCAGGCAACACCUUUCGGCGACUCCCCUCUCUUCUUCGGAGGCCCUGUCGACAUGAGCAUGUUCCUGGUGAGGACUAACGACAGCUCGCGUCUCAAGGGAUUUGAGGAGGUGAUACCAGGUAUCUGCUACGGCUUCCGUACUGACCUGGAAAAGGCUGCCGCUCUGAUGAAGAGCGGUGCGAUCAGGACCCAGGACCUGAGGUUCUACGUCGGGCAUGCUGCCUGGGACUAUGAGCAGCUGUUAGGUGAGAUUAGGGCGGGAUACUGGGCAGUGGCUUCCUGCAGCACGGAGCUGAUCAGCGAUGCGCUGGCGGGUGAUCCUUCUUGCCUCUGGACCGAGAUACUGCAGCUGAUGGGAGGGCAGGGCAGUACUCGGAGCUGAGCCAGAAACCGAAGCAAGACGGCUCGGAGAUGUUCUGCUCAUCUUUGAUGUAAUUUUCCAUAACAGUUGUGGUCAAGUCUGUACAUAAUUGCAAUAGGGUGAUUCACCUGUCUCACCGUAGCUUCAUCUAGCAACUGUUAUGCGAUGGUUGUACUGAGAUAUAUAUAUAAAAUGGCCGGCUGCUCGUGGAUGUCAGCUAGUGGCGAAUGUGAAGAUAGUGCAUUUGAUGAAUCACAUAUCAUAAGGACGUCUCUAGCUAUGCAAAGUGCA